AUGGUUAAACCAGACUUUGUCGUCGGGAUUCUAGGAAAUUUCAUAUCGAUACUAAGUUUCACUUCUCCAAUUGCGCAAUUUAGACAGAUUGUGAAGAAGAAAUCUGCUGAGAACUAUAAUGGAACACCAUAUGUUGCAACAUUGUUGAGUUGUUCUCUGUGGAUUUUGUAUGGGUUACUUGACCCUGAUGAUGGUCUCCUUAUUGUCACUGUUAAUGCAGCUGGUGUGACCAUGCAAGCUCUGUAUCUCAUUAUACUGUUCGUCUAUUCUUCAAAGGAGAAACGGGUUAAAUAUUUCGGAUUCGUGAUACUGGACAUAGUGUUUUUUGGAAUGGUUGUGGCAUUCACACUUGUUGCUUUUAAAGAAGGUUCGCGGCGCACAUUUACAGGUGCUUUGUGCGCAACUUUCACAACUAUGAUGUAUGCUGCACCUCUUGCUGCACUGGUAGGUUAA